CCUGCCGCUGGGUCGCUGCUGAUGCCGAGCGGCUCAGCCUGCGCGUUCUGACGUGCGGCUUCAGCCGUAGUUACCAAACCGAGAGGCGAAUGAAACCGGAGAGGAGCCUGAAACAUGAUGACGGAAGGUCCCAAUGGUUCCUCAGCAUCCCGACGGCUGUAACCCCGGUGGAUUUAUCAGAGGUUCGACCUUCAGGGCAUCACUUUGGGUGAUAUCUAAUCAGAAGCAGGGUGCUGCUGGCUGAACUUUAAGUGCUGCAUGCUCUGGUGUUUGAUGGGCCACAGGAUGAUCGAAGAAGGCAGUAAACGAGGCAAGGCCAUGGUCGAGAAGAGACAGCUCUUCAUGGAAAUGAGAGCGCAAAACUUUGAUGUAAUCAGAUUAUCAACUUAUAGGACUGCCUGCAAACUCCGGUUUGUCCAAAAGAGAUGCAAUCUCCAUCUGGUGGAUGUCUGGAACAUGAUCGAAGCUUUCAGAGACAACGGGCUCAACACGCUGGACCACAACGCUGAGAUCAGUGUGUCACGGCUGGAGACAAUCCUGUCUUCCAUCUAUUACCAACUCAACAAGCGGCUGCCCACCACCCACCAGAUCAAUGUGGAGCAGUCCAUCGGGUUGCUGUUGAACUUCAUGGUGGCUACCUAUGACAGCGAAAGUCAUGGGAAGCUGACCGUUUUCUCAAUGAAAGCCAUGCUGGCAACAAUGUGUGGAGGAAAAAUCGUCGACAAGCUGCGCUAUAUUUUCUCACAGAUCUCUGAUUCAAGUGGAGUCAUGGUGUUCGCAAAGUUCGAUCAGUUCCUCCGAGAGGUGUUGAAGCUUCCCACAGCAGUAUUUGAGGGCCCGUCCUUUGGCUACACGGAGCACGCAGUGCGGAUGUGCUUCCCUCAGCAGAAGAAGAUCAUGUUGAACACAUUUCUGGAUGUGUUGAUGGCUGAUCCUCCUCCUCAGUGUCUUGUGUGGUUACCACUCAUGCACCGACUUGCUAAUGUUGAAAAUGUCUUCCAUCCGGUAGAAUGUUCUUAUUGCCGGAGUGAGAGCAUGAUGGGUUUUCGGUACCGGUGCCAACAGUGCCAUGGCUACCAGCUUUGUCAGAGCUGCUUCUGGCGCGGCCACGCUAACGGCCCCCAUAGUAACCAACACCAAAUGAAGGAGCACUCGUCUUGGAAGUCUCCAGCCAAAAAGCUGAGCCACGCAAUCAGUAAAUCAUUGGGCUGCGUCCCCAUCGGAGAGCCGCCACACCCCGUGUUCCCGGAGCAAGCCGAGAGACCUCAGGAGCUCACCCAUACAGUUCAGCCAAAUCCAGCGACCAACAAUAUGAACAACACAAUGCUCAUGUCCUCUGGGGCACCCACUCCAACCAAAAGUGUCUUGGAGAGCCCCAGCCGGUUAGAUGAAGAGCACCGGCUCAUUGCGCGUUACGCAGCACGCCUGGCAGCUGAGGCAGGCAACUCCACACAGCAAUGUCCUCCAACAGAUCUGAGUUUUAACUUUGAUGCCAAUAAGCAACAGAGGCAGCUGAUUGCAGAGCUGGAGAACAAAAACAGGGAGAUCUUGCAGGAGAUCCAGAGGCUCCGUUUGGAGCAUGAACAAGCCUCGCAGCCCACUCCAGAAAAAGCCCAGCAGAAUCCCACGCUUCUGACCGAGCUGCGACUCCUCAGACACAGGAAGGAUGAGCUAGAGAGGCGCAUGUCGGCCUUGCAGGAGAGCAGGCGGGAGUUGAUGGUCCAACUGGAGGGUCUGAUGAGGUUGCUGAAGGAUGAGGAGCAGAAGCAGGCUUCCCAGUCUGGAGGCUCCCCUCAUUCCUCUCCCAGCCACGGUGCCGGCUGCUCCAUGCCCAUGCCCAUUCGCUCCACCUCGGCCGGUUCCACUCCGACACACACACCCCAGGACUGCCUGGCAGGUGUGGGAGGAGACGUACUGGAGGCCUUUGCUCAGGGUGUACCCAGAAACCUUCGAAAUGAUCUUUUAGUUGCUGCUGACUCAAUCACAAACACCAUGUCAUCCCUGGUGAAAGAGCUCCACUCAGUGGAUGACGGAGCAGAGGACGAUGACACCAACAUGAGAAAUGGUGGAGACAGAGGUGGGUCCAGGCACAAUGAGAGUACAAAAGCACUGAGGGGAAGAGAUCUCUAUCCCAGCCUGCAAGGACAUCCAGUCAUCAACUGGGAGGACUCGGCAUCAGCAGGAAGCCCCUGGCAUUAGCACGUAGAGUAAUGCAUGCAUCUAAUCUAAAAAGGAUUUCACCAUGUGAAAAAAAAAAAUUAAAUUAGCAAGUGUGUAUGUUGUCCUGUAAAGAAACUGCUGUAAAAUUACAUGAACUCCCCCCCCCUCAUGACUGCAAGGGAAUGGCUUGCUGUGCUUCUUCUCCCAUUCCAGCAGGUCGUCCCGUACAUAACCUGCAGUAAACACACGGAGCCGAAGGAGACGUCCUGAUACCACCUGUUCUUUCUCAUGGCUUUUUGAGGGGUUUCCAUUUAUUUUCUGUGGGGUUUUUUUUCCUAUUUAGGUUUUGCAUGAUGUUUCACUCAUGUCAUGGGUUUCAGUACUGUACGGUGCGUAAUAUGCCAGGUCUUUGUUGGUGUAUGAAGACAGCUGUGGUGUCAGAGGUGUCCUCCAAAUUCAUGCUAGGUGUGUUUACUUGCACAGCAAAAUUCUGGAGCUAAAGUUUUUGUAAGAAAAAGUUCAGGUUUUAUUUAUUAAUUUUUUUUUUUUUUUUGAUAAUUUGUUUUACUGUCAUGAUUGAUGCCAUAGAAGGGGCCGACCAGAGGAAUAAGCAAACCUCUGCUACCCACACCAGCAGAAUCUGCCCCUGAGCACUGAAAUUCUCUCACGGUUUACGUCUAAAGGCCAUUUAAAAUAAUUAAAACCAGGAGCUUUCAUUUAUCUUUGCAAUU